AUGAAUUAUUCAGGGGCGCGUGAGGUCGUCAUCAAUGGUUAUACUGAUUUCAGGUAUAAUAAUAAAUAUGGUUAUCAAUCAUAUGGACAGGGCGUGAGCAUUGAGCUCAAGUACAUCUCGACAGGUGGGUUAUUAAGAGCAAGGCAUAAAGGAACAAAAAAUUCUUUUGGUACAUCAGAUCAUGAAAAAAUGAAUAUAGAAGUGGAGAGAAAAAAUAAGGAGGCCUUAUUGAAUAUGCCGUAUAAGUAUUAUUUAACUGAUGACGGAAGAUAUAUCAAAACCACUAUUAAAGUGGUUUUGGAAAAUGGGGUAACCCAAUUGAAAUCUUACAUUAAGGUUAUCGAAAAAGGAAAAGUUACUAAGUAUAAUGAUAUGGGCAUUAUUGAUGACCAUAUCAAUACCCUAAAAACAAAAAAACCAUGUGUUAUACAUGAAUUCGUUGUUUUGGUAAUUGGAUUUUGGGCAGUAUUAUGGAGACAAGUAGAUGGG